AUGAGUUUACCACCAGCGAUUCCGGUUCAGCUGCUUACGGCCGGAGCGGCCGCAUGCAUCGCCGACUUGGUGACGUUCCCGCUCGACACGGCCAAGGUGCGGCUGCAGAUCCAGGGUGAACAGGAAAAAGGCUUCCGCAAGUAUCGGGGUGUCACGGGAACUAUUGUCACGAUCGCACGCCAGGAGGGCUUCCAGGCGCUGUACGGUGGUCUGUCCGCAGGACUUCAACGCCAGAUGUGCUUCUCCUCGAUUCGACUCGGACUGUACGAAAGCGUUAAAACGUUUUACGCGUCACUGUUGGAAGACAACCCGGGUAGUCUUCAAAUCGGAACGCGAAUCUGCGCAGGGCUAACCACGGGAGGACUCGCCGUACUGCUGGCCCAUCCGACGCAUGUGGUCAAGGUGCGAGGUCAAGCGGACUCGAGUCGGUUAUCAACUGGCACUCUGAACGCGUACCGAGCAAUCUACUGCGAAGAAGGGAUUCGUGGCCUAUGGAAGGGUGCCGUGCCGAACAUGGGUCGGAUCUCGAUCGUCAACGUGGCGGAAGUCGUGGUGUACGACGUGGUCAAGGACACGCUGCUGAGGUACGUGGCCGUUCCGAGCGAAGAUGUGCGACUGCACUUUGGGUCGGCCGUGAUAGCCGGGUUUGCGGCUACGCUGGUGGCCUCACCGGUGGACGUGGUCAAGACACGGUACAUAAACUCGCCUAAGAAUCGUUACCGGGGCGUGAUCGAUUGUGCCAUUCGGAUGCGCCAGCAGGAAGGAUUUUUGGCGUUUUACAAGGGAUUCGUGCCGUCCUUUUCGCGGCUUGUCUCCUGGAACGUGGUCAUGUGGAUCACGUACGAGCAGCUUAAAAUGAUUGUGUUUUGA